AUGCUCGCGCGUUCACUCGCUCAAGUCGUGCAGAAACAUACGCACGCUCGCCGCGCCACGAAGAAGGAAGGCACCGUCGCGGAGUUCUUCGACAACCUCACCUCUGAGAGCCCACCACUGCCUGCUCGGUUUGCAGAUCUCAAGAAACAGAUGUGCAUUGACAAGAACGCCAUCGAGCAUGCUUGGCGGACGGUGCUGCAGGAGCUCGAUGACGCGACCGAGGAAAUUGUGCAGCAGGGCAACGAGAUGGUUUUGCGUGUCCCUACUGGGGACAUACAGCAGGGCUUGUCGAAGGAGCAGUUGAAGGUGUUGAAGAAGACGGGGGUCAUGAUCGUAACAGGUGGUGUGUCGGAGCAGGAAGCUUUGGACUGGAAGCGCUCUCUCCGGGAGUAUAUCGCAGCCAAUGAGGAUAAGGUCAAAGGCGCUCCUCCGGAAAACAUCGUCUUCUACGAAAUAUACAACUCCAAAGCGCAGACUCUCGCGCGCACUCACCCGGCGCUCAUCGCAGCCCAGAAGUAUCUACUCACGCUAUGGCACACGUCUGUCCCCGACACGAUCGUUAGCGUGCGGACCCCGAUAUCUUACUUCGAUCGUUUUCGUAUCCGUCAUCCAGGCCCCAGUGUUUUCACCCUUGGGCCGCACAUUGAUGGGGGGAGCAUAGAGAGGUGGGAGGAUCCUGCGUUCAGGAGUGUCUGGAAGCGGAUCCUCGAGGGAGGAGAUGCCUGGAGGCAGCAUGAUCCUUUCGAUAUCUCGCCUCGCCUUGAUGCGAACCAGGAUCUGUACAACGCUCCCAACCAGUGCUCCAUCUUCCGCCCAUGGCAGGGCUGGACGGCGUUGUCUCACACCGGUCCCGGAGAAGGGACCUUGCGAGUCCUGCCUAUGCUUUCGCUAGCGACAGCAUACAUCAUCCUACGGCCGUUCUUCCGGCUACGAUCGGAAUUUGCUUCAAGGAUCUCAUCGGCGGCUGACAUACCUCUUGGCGCCGACGCCUGGGUUCUCGACCUCGAUAACCCCGAGUUCCCCGGAAGCACUCCGGGGAAAACUCAAGCAAUUACACCCGUGACGCACCCACACCUUCGGGUAGACAAAACGGUGCUGUCCAUUCCUCGCGUCAAACCUGGUGAUCAAGUAUACUGGCACACGGACGUCAUACACGCCGUUGAGGCAGACCACAAUGGCUCGGAAGACUCGUCCGUGAUGUACAUCCCCGCCGUGCCUCUGACCGAACGGAACGCGGCAUAUUUGCGCGACCAGCGCGAAACAUUUUUACAAGGUCUCCCUUCACCUGACUUCCCCGGUGGAGAAGGGGAGUCGUGCUUCGUCGGUCGGGGGACAAUCGAACAUAUCAUGCACCCGGAUGGCCGCCGGAUCAUUGGUUUGGAGCCAUUCAAGUACGCUUUCGUCGACGAAGGGGAAAGGAGGGCGAUCACCGCGGCGAACGAAAUACUCGGUUUUGAGUGAUACGCUACCCCGAAAAGCAGCAUGAAUCGUGU